AAUAAAAUAAAUAAAUAAAAGUUUUAAAAAAAAUAAAAAAUAAAAAAUAAAAAGAAUCUUCAAAGUACAACCAAUGUCGGAAUCAUCAUCGUUAGAUCUUAUUAAGCAUUUUUUAUUAGAGAGUCGGUUGAAUACCGAUCGAAACCUUUCAUUAAAAUUAGCUUUAGAUAUUAUUGAGAUUCUUGUUUCAAGUCGAUGCUGUCUUCGUUGUUGUUUUCGUCAUCUUGGUUGCAUUACUUUCCAGAUUUAUGCUUUUGAUCAAAAGGAAUUAUAUAACACCCUUAAUCAAUUACUACAAACUGAUCGUCAAAGACAGCUUGAAGAUGUCAACAACUUGGUCUGCACAGCUUGUUUAGGCUCAAUUCAAUUUGCCGAAUCUUAUGUUGAUAAAGUCCAUGAGAGAUUAAAAAAAGAAGAUUAUAAAGUAAAUAGUUGUAACUUGAGUUGCACCUUACCCAUCAGUAUUUUGCACCGUGAUCAUUUGCUUAAGGCCCAUGUUUUAAAUGUGUUGAUGCAAAAGUAUGCUGAUCAAGACUACACAGCAACUCUUGCUUCUAUUUAUAAGAAUAUGGAUGUAAGAGAUCCUAAAGAUUUUUUCAAGUACUUGUUUGGUUUAAAGUUGAAAGAAAGGACUGGUCUGCAAUUAGAAACGAAUGCUUCUUUGCGUAUGACUGUAGUUGUUGAUCAUGAAUCAACUUGUAAGGAACAUAUGUUUUUGACUCAAUUAAAGGAACCUUUAUUGAACAUCAGAACUAUUCGCCAAAAAAGGAUGAGAGUUACUAUAGGAGAUUCAAGGUCGAAUAUCACUGAAGCUUUGAAACGAUUAAAUAAUAAUGAAGCUAAAGAAGUCACUGCAAUUCCUCCUAUUCCCGUUAGUGAAAAAGCUCAACUGAAUUCAGUUGAAUUAAUACAUGCUUCAACCUAUGUGGGAGGUAGAUAUCUCAAGUAUUCAAGAGAAUAUAGUCAAACACCUUGGGCUAUCAAAGGUCAAAAACUAGCAGAGCAUUCAGUCUCAGGAUGUAUAGUUGAUAUUAUUCGUAAAUAUCAUCGUGCUGAUGACACAAAAUUUGUUUCUGCUGGUCGUGAAGAUGCUAAUGUUCGGAUGCUUGGCACAGGUCGACCUUUUUAUGUCGAAUUAAUUAAUCCUAGAACGCCUAAAUUAAGUAAAGAGAUGUAUAAGAAGAUUGAAAAUGAAAUUAACAACCAAGAGAUUCAUAAAGAUCAUGUUCAAGUUAGACACUUGACUUAUAUUAAGCCUGAAUAUACCAACAUUAUUAAAGAAGGAGAGGAAACCAAGACAAAAAAAUAUAGAGCACUUGUAUGGCUUUCUGAACCUUUAACUGAUGAACUUAUAGAACGUAUUAACAAAAUUGGAUCUACGCCUUUUACUAUUCAACAAAAGACACCCGUUCGUGUAUUUCAGAGACGAGCAGCUGCGAUUCGUCCAAAAGUGAUUCAUACCUCAACCAUAUCACGUGUACAUCCGAAUGUCGAUCUAAACAGUCCAGAGGCUCGAUUUGGUGUAUUAAAGUUACAUACACAGGCUGGAACAUAUAUUAAAGAAUAUGUUCAUGGUGACCUUGGAAGAACACUACCCAAUUUAGCUUCUGUAGGUCAAAUUCAUUCAGCUGAUCUUUUAGAAUUAGAUGUAAUGGAUGUAGAUUUGAUUUGGCCUCCCGUUACUGAAGAAGAAGAAGGAGUAAUAAAUGAAGAUAUUGACGUAAAUGAGCAAACUAAUAAAAAUAAUAAACGUACACUGUUAUAAUAAUAAAAAAGAACAUGACUGCUAAUGAUAACAUAAACUGUUUAAUUAUUAUGCAUUGUAUGUUUUUGACAUCAAUGGCAAAUCAUAAUCGUAAUUAUGUC